CCUUCCCUUCUCUUCUUCUUCCUGUAACCUGGGGUUUUUUCAUUCUGAGGUACGUUUUUGCUUCUUUUUACCUGAAAAGGGGACUGUUUUUUUGGUUUUUGAUUGAUAUUUUAUUCAUAUUCUUGUUCUUUGUUGUUCACUUAACUAGUAUACGGUUUAAGUGUUUUGGUUGCUCAACGUUUGGAACUUUCUAUUAGUUUUGUUUUCCUCUCUUGGGUUCCUUUUCUUGUUCUGUUCUUGGGUUAUGGUCAAGGCUUGAUGGUCUGACUGCUUUUGCAAAAAUGUGGAUUAGUCUGUAUAAUUUAAGGGCUUUUGGGAUUUAAUAACUUUAAUUCUUAAAAAAAAAAAAGGGUUACUUUUGCAGGGCAGAGAUUCAAUUGGAUUUUUCUUGGCUGGGGUUUCUGUUGUUGUCUUAAAGUUGGAUCUUUUGUUAGGGUUAUUGCUAAAUAGAUGAUUAUGGAUCCAAGGUUUAGAGGGUAUUCAGGUUCCGUAAAUGGAAUCCAAAUGAGAAGUCAACCCAUACCAGCCUUCCCAACCGGUUCUGUACCAAAUUUUGGAAAUCAGAACUUUGUUGCUGGACCUAGAUUUGAGAAUAGUUAUGUGCAUAACAGUUUUAGGGAUUUUAAUUUCCUCCCACCUGAUCCAACACCAAGGAAGGAAGAAACUGAUUCAAGUUUGAACCAUGAGGAAGAUUCCCUGGAAGACUGUGAUUUCUCAGAUGCAGUUUUAAGAUACAUAAGCCAAAUGCUCAUGGAAGAAGAUAUGGAGGAAAAGACAUGCAUGCUUCAAGACUCCUCGGAGCUUCAAGCUGCUGAGAAAUCGUUCUAUGAGGUUCUUGGUGAGAAAUACCCACCUUCUCCUCAACAUGCUCCAACUGAUGUUUAUGGAAACGGGGAGAAUAGCUGCAGUAAUGGAUGCAGCAUUUUACUUGAGAAUAGCUGGAUGCAAACUCUUGAUGAAGAUCAAUCACAGAAUUUCUCUGUUUCUACAAUUUCUCGGCCAUCUUAUAGUUCUCCUAGUAGUGUGGUCACCUGUGUGGAUGGGUUGGCAGACUCUCCAAAUAGUUCUCUUCAAGUCCCUGAUUGGAAUGGUGAGGUUCAAUCUAUUUGCCAAUUUAGAAAAGGGGUUGAGGAGGCCAGUAAAUUUCUUCCUGGAGGAGACAACCUAUUUGUUAAUUUGGAUGUCAAUGACAUGGAGCCUCCCGAUCCUAAAGUAGGGAGAAGUGAUAUGGUGGUAAAGGGGGAGAAAAGGGAUGAUGGAGAGUAUUCACCUAGUGGGUUGAAGGGAAGGAAGAACUUCCGCAGGGAGAAUUUUGUUGCAGAAGAGGAAAGGAGCAGCAAGCAGGCAGCUGUUUAUUCAGACACUACCAUAAGAUCGGAGCUGUUUGAUAUGGUGUUGCUUGGUGCUUCCCUGCAGGGCCGAACAGAAUUUUCUGCGUUAAGAGAAUCCUUGCAGAAUGGAGCAGACAAAAUUAUGCAGCAGGAUGGACAGUCCAAAGUGUCAAACAGUGGCAAGGGUCGUGGUAAGAAACAAACUUGGAAAAAGGAGGUGGUGGAUUUGAGAACACUCUUGAUUAGUUGUGCACAAGCUGUUGCAGCUGAUGAUCGCUGUAGUGCAAAUGAAUUGCUGAGGCAGAUCAGGCAGCAUGCUUCUUUAUUUGGGGAUGGAAAUCAGAGAUUGGCUUAUUGCUUUGCUGAUGGCCUUGAGGGACGAUUGGCUGGUACUGGUAGCCAAAUCUAUAAAGGCCUUGUUGGUAAACUGACGUCUGCUUCCGAUAUCUUGAGAGCUUAUCUUCUAUAUGUUGCCGCAUGCCCUUUUAGAAGGGUUUCUAAUUUUAUUGCAAACAAGACAAUAAAGAUCACAGUAGAUACUUCAAUGAGGCUUCAUGUUAUAGAUUUUGGUAUUCUCUAUGGUUUCCAAUGGCCUACCCUUAUUCAGAGGCUCUCUAUGAGAAAGGGCGGACCACCAAAGCUCAGGAUUACAGGAAUCGAAUUUCCUCAGCCUGGCUUUAGGCCAGCUGAGCGGGUUGAAGAAACAGGACGUCGCUUAGCAGCUUAUGCUGAAGAGUUCAAGGUGCCAUUUGAAUACAAUGCUAUAGCAAAGAGAUGGGAUGCCAUUAAAAUUGAGGAACUCAAGAUUGACAGGGACGAACUAAUCGCUGUUAAUUGUUUGUAUCGUGGUAAGAACCUGCUUGAUGAAUCUGUAGCAGCAAACAGUCCUAGAACCAUUGUGCUCAAUCUGAUAAGGCAGAUCAAUCCCCAUAUUUUCAUCCAUGGGGUUGUCAAUGGGGCCUACAAUGCUCCCUUUUUCGUUACACGAUUCCGAGAGGCUCUGUUUCACUUCUCUUCACUGUUUGAUAUGCUUGAAACCAUUGUACCCCGCGAUUAUCCUGAAAGAACGCUGAUUGAGAAAGAACUCCUUGGGAGGGAAGCCUUGAACAUAGUAGCUUGUGAAGGUUGGGAGAGAACAGAGAGGCCAGAGACAUAUAAGCAGUGGCGCGCCCGUAAUCAGAGGGCUGGGUUUGUACAGCUCCCAUUUGACCGGAGUAUAGUUAAAGAGGCAACAGAUAGAGUGAGUUCUUACUACCACAAGGAUUUCAUGAUUGAUGAAGAUGGCCGGUGGCUCAUACAAGGAUGGAAAGGAAGGAUUCUACAUGCCAUUUCCAUCUGGAGGCCAGCAUAGAGAGCUUGAAUGUGGUAUUAUCAUCAACUGCCUGUUCAAUCAUAGGUGCUCUGGCAGCAGGAAUAAUUUAAGGACCUAAGAUAGUGACUGCUGACUGUUGAGGAAUGUAUGCCAUAAACAAGAAGUUGCUUAGGUUUCUGUUAGAAGACUCUUACAGGCAAGAUCAUUCACUAUUCCUGGUUAUUAUCAGAAGCAUGUUGGCUGGACUCAAUUUUAUCAAUGUCUGGCCUACACUCUCUCUCAUUGAUAUUUCUGAGUUCAUACUAUAUGAUUAAUAAAGUGAACUAUUCUUA